AUGCGGCUGCCUCGCGUCUUCUCCUCGGGCACCGUGGUGCCCGCCCUCCUGCUGGGCCAGACCUGCCUGCUGCUCUUCCUGGUCUGGCGGCCGGGCCCGCCAUCCCCGGCGGGCAGCCCGGAGCGCGUGCACGUGCUGGUGCUGUCGUCCUGGCGCUCGGGCUCGUCCUUCGUGGGCCAGCUGUUCAGCCAGCACCCGGACGUCUUCUACCUGAUGGAGCCCGCCUGGCACGUGUGGGCCGCCCUGUCGCAGGGCAGCGCGGCGGCGCUGCAGAUGGCGGUGCGGGACCUGGUGCGCUCCGUCUUCCUGUGCGACAUGGACGUGUUCGAGGCCUACCUGCCGUGGCGCCGCAACCUGUCGGACCUGUUCCAGUGGGCGGUGAGCCGGGCGCUGUGCUCGCCGCCCGCCUGCGGCGCCUUCCCGCGCGGGGCCAUCAGCAGCGAGGCGGUGUGCAAGCCGCUGUGCGCGCGCCGCCCCUUCGCCGCCGUGCGGGAGGCCUGCCGCACCUACAGCCACGUGGUGCUCAAGGAGGUCCGCUUCUUCGACCUGCGCGCGCUGCAGCCGCUGCUCACCGACCCGGCGCUCGACCUGCGCCUGGUGCACCUGGUGCGCGACCCCCGCGCCGUGCUGCGCUCGCGCGAGCAGACGGCCAAGGCGCUGGCCCGCGACAACGGCAUCGUGCUGGGCACCAACGGCACGUGGGUGGAGGCCGACCCGCGCCUGCGCGUGGUGACCGAGGUGUGCCGCAGUCACGUGCGCAUCGCCGACGCCGCGCUGCGCAAGCCGCCGCCCUUCCUGCGCGGCCGCUACCUGCUGGUGCGCUUCGAGGACCUGGCGCGGGACCCCCUGACCGAGAUCCGCGCGCUCUACGCCUUCGCCGGCCUGAGCCUCACGCCCGAGCUGCAGGCCUGGAUCCACAACAUCACGCACGGCUCGGGCCCCGGCGCGCGCCGCGAGGCCUUCAAGACCACCUCCAGGGACGCGCGCAACGUCUCGCAGGCCUGGCGCCACGAGCUGCCCUUCGCCAAGAUCCGCCGCGUGCAGGAGCUGUGCGCAGGCGCGCUGCAGGCGCUCGGCUACCGGCCCGUCUUCUCCGAGCGGGAGCAGCGCGACCUCGCCCUGGACCUGGUGCUGCCGCGCGGCCCGGGCAGCUUCCGGUGGGCGUCGGCCACCGAGCCGCAGCGCGGGCCUUAG